ACCGGUCACUCUGUGUUGCCGCGUGUGAGAAACACUGAUUAUUACAAGUGAAUAUAAACAAAACAAUAAAACGAUGUGCGUCAUUGUGUGAAGUGACAAGUUGAGUUUAAUCGCGAUUACCUAUGCUAUUGUCUUUGCAAGGUAAGAUUUUUCUUUCGUUUGUACAAAACGCUUGUUCAAAAGUUCUCAAAUUAUUUGAUAUUUAUUCACAAAUGCUGAUUACUACGAAUUAUAUGCCCGAUCACAAGUUACACAGAUGAGCAUCUUACAAUAUUGCGUGUCUGAUUCCUGCGACAGAAGGACGGUGAUUUUAGUAAGUCGCGAUAAUUUUUUUUUCAGGUAAUAAUAAAAAAACGUGUUAUCUAGCAAAAUGAAAUUAACUGCGUAAGUCACGUACGACAAAAAAGAUAAUAUAAUUUAAAUGAGUCAUCUAUUUAGACAAGCAUUUUUUAAAUUAGGUCUGAACUAUAUAUUCGAAUUUCCUUCAGCAAAUAUAAUUCGACUCUCAACAGUUUUUUUUAAUUGCUUCCUUGACUGACAUAGAAAAUGAAACUAUUUAUUAUCGUUUUGUAUAGUUAGUAAGCAAAAAAAUUGAUGUUUUUUUUUUAUCGCACUCAAACUGCAUUGAACGUAACGAAGGAAAAAAGUAUCCGAUUCCGAUGAAAAAAAUCCUGAUCAAGCUGUAUUGUAAAUGUAUAUAAAUAGUAUCUAACGACAUGUAAAAUAUACUCGUCAUACAAUUAGACAACAAUUUUUCGUAUAAACUCAAGUGUUUUCUUUCUUUUUCAAUAAUUUAUAAUGACUAUCAAAUCCUACAUUUUUAAAGAUCCAAAAAAAGAGAUAUUAAAAAAUUCGUUAGAAGAAAUCAAUGAUGCUCCCAAUCUAAGAUACAUCGUUUAUGAAAACCGGCCUCACAGAAUCCUGCCCACCUUACACACCCACGCAAGUGAGUUUAAUAAUUUAGAUGCGCUGCGCAUCUCAUUCAACGUUCCGACUAAAGCUACAGUGUGCCACGCGCGCGGCGUUCAGCGCCAGCCAGCAGCAGCACAGGCACAGCUGUCGUGCUGUUUCCAAGUAAGACAGAGAAUCGAUGACAUUAGCCGGCUCAAGUUGUCUGCUGGCAAUUUCAAACAAUUCUCUGCCUGGAUUUUCCUUUAAAGAUAUUCCCAUAAGGUGAUUUAGGAGCAACUAUGACAUACACUUGGAUGUUGCACUGGUUUUCCAGGUGAUAAAGUAACAAUAGUACACUUCAUCUAUGCAAACCUCUAUUAAACAAUAUCCUCCCACAUUAUUUAAAUGGACUAAAAGUGAAACUCUAAUUUCAAUAGAUAUUGCCUUGACAAAAAUAUGCCAAGAUCAAAUAUUAAAUAUGAACUCGCCGAAGAUGACGAAGAGACUUAUGACUACUUUAUUCAACAUGCACCGGAGCAUCAGCCAGCUACCAGAAAAACCCUUUUUUGGAAUAAGUUGAUGCAGACCAUUACUCUUAUUGCUGUAUAUUUUGUACUGUCUAUUGGACUUACCUUUUAUCAAAAAUGGUUGUAUGGAACUUAUAAAUUUAAUUACCCAUUGUCAGUGAUAUGUGUUCACUUAGUUUUGAAGUUUAUCUUAGCUGGUUUGAUAAGAUCUCUGAGAAAAUGUUCCAAACAUCAACAAGUUUGUCGAUUAUCAUGUCAAACAAUAGUCUGGACAUUGAGCUUACCAGGCAUUGCAAGUGGUUUGGACAUUGGAUUUUCAAAUUGGGGCAUGUCACUUGUCACAAUGUCUUUGUAUACUAUGACCAAAUCUACAACCAUUAUUUUUAUCCUUGGCUUUGCUCUUCUUUUUGGGUUAGAAAAAAAGUCAUGGCUUCUUGCUGGAAUAGUAUCUAUGAUCUCUUGUGGAUUAAUAAUGUUUACAUAUGAAUCUGUGGAUUUUAACUUGAUAGGUUUCAUAUUAUGUCUCCUUGCAUCUCUAACGAGUGGAGUACGCUGGACAAUGGCACAAAUGAUAAUGCAAAAGUCUAAAAUUGGAUUGAGAAAUCCAAUCGAUAUGAUGUACUACAUGCAACCAUGGAUGCUUCUAUCAAUAUUUCCUGUAGCUGUGGCAAUGGAGAGUUCAGAAGUGUACAAAGCUCUUCAGAAAUAUGACUGGAAUGAUUCUACGCUUAUAGUCACUGUAACUUAUGUUUUAAGUGGAGGCUUGUUGGCGUUUAUGAUGGAAGUUAUGGAAUUUUUGGUUGUUACUUAUACUUCUAGUCUUACAUUAUCUAUAGCUGGAAUAUUCAAAGAAAUAAGUAUUGUGGUCAUAGCAUAUGAAUACAGAGGAGAUAAAAUUAGUGGCCUUAAUUUUGUGGGCUUACUCAUGUGCCUUGGUGGAAUAACUCUACAUGUAGUUCAUAAGAUAAUGAUAAACAAAAAAGAAUCCUGCAAAGAAUUGGAGUUGCAAUCAAAUUCAUUGACGACAACCUGUUUAAAGUCUCAAGAUACUAAUGAUACUAAUUUUCCACUGAUUAUGCAGAAAUCGAGUUCCCUCACUAAUUUGCUAAAUGCCAAUUUUAGCUCUGAUGAGGAAGAGGAUCAAUUCACGAAGGAAAAUUCAAAGCAGCUGCUGUCUGAUAUCAUCCAGAGAAGAGAAUGAAAAUGUUUAUAUUUUGUUUAAUUUUUUGUUUAUAGCACAAAUGAUGACUAGAUUUUUCUAUCGUUUCAAUCUUACGACUUGCAUUUUAUUAAAUGUGUAAUAAUUUCAAUGCAUAAUAAGUAAGAGAUUACUUUAAAAGCUCAUACGAAAAUUAAUUAAUAAUCAAUUGGUUUAGUCACUAGAUGUUAAGAGAUUUAGUUGUGUAUUGAACGCUGUUUAAUCCAGUGGAAAGCAUUAUUCAUAGUCACUUGUAAAUGCCAGUCCAUUACCAAUGAUUAUUAUUGAGUUCAUUGUGUCAUUAUUCCAUAGUGUUUCUACAAUUUUUACGUAGACAUUUCAACACGUUUGUCUUACCAAAGUUGAAAAUAAUUUUUAACAUUUCCUUAAUCUAGUGUAUUGACGAUGCCAUACUGAAAAUAAAUACAUCCUCGACGUACAAAAAUGUGAUCACAUUUACAUCUUUAUGAAAAAAUGAUAAUGCUUUGAUGAUUUUCAUUGUAAGUUAAUGAAACAUACUGUAUUUAUUAGAUUUAAGAAUAGAGUCUAGACUUCUGAAUGUUUGUUUCUUUUUUAAAAAAGUUCUUAUUCUGUUCAUAAGUUGUCUGUGAUGACUAUUUUGCAUAAUCGACUUAGUAAUAUGUGAAAUUAACAUCAGUUCAUUGUUAUUCCUAUUGUAAAAGUGAAAUGCUUGAGUUUUAUGUACAAACAAAUGAUCCUUUUGUCGAAUGGACCAUCUUUUAACAUAAUAUUAUACAGAUAAAUACAUAUUUUUUUAUUCGAAAAAAAUUGCAAAUAUCUCAUAUAUGGACUAGAUAACUUCUUUUAAGUAAAAAAUUAAUUUAUUUAACUAUUACAUGCUUGAUAUCGAGAAAUAGUAUUUGAAAGUAAAAAAAUUACGCGAGAAAUCAAAAUACGUUGAGCUUGCCAUACAUUGUAAAGGCACAGGAUCGAAAAAAAUUAUUGAAAUAAUGAUAAUCUAUUAAUCAUAAAUCAUUUUAUUGAAGUACAACUUUAAAAAGAUUACGCAAUCCAGAACAAUGAAAAAACUACAUAAAAAAUCAUAUUUAUAAAUUUGGCUAUUAUCGUUCGCUUGGCAAAAUACAAACAUUUUGUAUAAAAAAAAUCAUGCAUAUAUAUAUAAAAUGUAUAUUUAAUGUGCGCAUCGAAACAUGUUUCUAAUUACAAGAAAUUCACUCUACGAAAUAUACAAAUAAAAAUUCAGUAUAAAAAAAUGUGAUGUUUCGUUAUUAUGUAUCAUAAUGAUAAUAAUUGCCUACAAAACUUAAAAAAUAAGUAGUUAUCUCACUAGUAAUACACUUCAUUUUUUAAAUAAAUGAACAAAUAAAACAUUUCCACGAAUACAUUUGGAAUAAGACAUUUUCGUUUUAGCAAUCUAUUUAAUAAAGCGGCAGUGAUGACAUUCAAAGUUUUCGAUUCACACAACUAUUAGACAGUGUGUAACAUUAUUUUAUUUAUUAAAGUACUCAAGAAAGCUUACUAUAAAAUUGACUAAUACAUACAUAUAGAACGACUAUAUUUUGAAAGACAAGUAAAAUGCGCUUGUCUUAAAAGUCUUUUCCCUAAAACUGAUAAUAUUUUUCCCCUUUCUGUUAACAAUUCUAGUUUAGUUUACUUUUUUUAUCACUGCGACAUUAAAAAUUGUCAGCUACCUUUAAAUGACUGUCAAAAAUCCUAAUAAAUAAUCUCUUUUGAAAAGCGUACAGUUUUCCUGUAGAAAUAUUCUAGAAACACAUUCUGAUAUAAAC